AUGGAUUUAAUGCAGAGAGUCUUUAAGAAGUAUCUAGAUCAGUUUGUAGCGGUUUUCAUCGACGAUAUCUUGAUAUACUCUAAGACUCGAGAGGAACAUGUUAAGCACUUGGAGAUAGUCUUGCAAAUAUUAAGGGAGCAGAAGCUGUAUGCCAAAUUCAGCAAGUGCGAGUUUUGGCUGGAAGAAAUAUUUUUUCUAGGGCAUAAAGUUUCCAAGGAGGGAAUUGCCGUGGAUCCGGCAAAAGUUGAGGCCGUUAUGAAUUGGAAGCAGCCGGAAACCCCAACUGAAGUUAGAAGUUUCUUGGGAUUAGCAGGUUAUUAUAGGCGAUUUAUCAAGGAUCUUUCAAAAAUUGCUGGACCCAUGACCGAGCUAACCAAAAAAGGGAAUAGGUUCAUUUGGACUCCGAAGUGCGAGUCAAGUUUUCAGGAAUUAAAGAAGCGUUUAACAUCCGCUCCUGUUUUGGUGUUACCUGACGGGGAAAAAGGUUAUGCCGUAUACUCCGAUGCUUCUGGAGAAGGUCUAGGAUGUGUUUUAAUGCAAAAUGGUAAAGUGGUUGCCUACGCUUCCAGGAGACUGAAGCCUCACGAACAAAACUACCCAACUCACGACCUAGAGUUAGCAGCAGUGAUUUUCGCCUAA